AUGGUUGGCAACCGCCCCCCAAUGCACCGACCGACCGACGGGCGAUCGCAGCAACCGUUACUCAAGGACGGCCCUCCAAGGCGCCUUUCCCGAUCCAGCUUCAGCCACGAUGCGGAAAACCGGCCAAUGUUGCACCAUACCCGUCGACCUACCAUCCAGAGUAGAAACUCCGAAUACGACGCUGCCCAAGCGACACGGAAGAAGUAUAUGAUUGCGGGAGGCUUCCUACUGUUGAGUCUGGCUAGUUUUGUCAUUCAGACAGAGACUGCCGUAUACAUUCAGCAUGAACUGCAUUGGGAUAAACCGUAUUGCAUGCUCUAUAUUACCCACGGAUCCUGGGCACUUCUCUGGCCUGUCCAGCUCCUGAUCCUUCGAAUCCAAAAGCGAAAGAUGUCAUGGGAAGCAUUUUGGCGCCGCCAUGUCUUCCUCAUUAAGACCACUGCCCAAAUGGUGGAAACUCAAGAUGUCCACCUCACCUCCCGAGACUCUCACCGUUCACCAGUGCCGUACAUGUUAAAGACAACCGCCUUUGUGACCUCUGCGCUGACGAUAGCCGGUGGCUCAUGGUAUGUGGCCGUUAACCUGACGACAGCCAGCGACCUGACGGCUAUCUACAACUGCUCGGCCUUUUUCGCGUACGCCUUCUCGAUCCCCUUGCUGAACGAGAAGCUGCGGUUCGACAAAGUCUUCUCCGUGUGCGUCGCCAUCAUCGGUGUCCUAGUCGUCGCCUACGGAGAUCGGCCUGAGAAGAAGGUCUCCAAGGGAGGUACUACUGGUGCCGAGGAUCAAGAGGCUCAGAAUCGACUCCUUGGCAAUAUUGUCAUCGGUAUCGGCAGUGUGCUCUACGGUCUGUAUGAGGUGCUGUACAAACGCUUUGCUUGUCCACCGGAGGGGACCAGUCCUGGCCGGGGUACCAUCUUUGCCAAUACUUUUGGCAGUAUGAUUGGGUGCUUUACACUCGCUGUACUAUGGAUUCCUCUCCCUAUCUUGCACAUGCUCGGCUGGGAGACCUUCCGCAUUCCUACGGGCGAGGCAGCUUGGAUGCUGCUGAUCUCAAUCUGUGCCAAUGCCACUUUCUCCGGGUCCUUCCUGGUUCUAAUUUCCCUCACAUCCCCCGUCCUUUCAUCCGUUGCCGCGCUUUUGACAAUCUUCCUCGUCGCAAUUGUCGACUGGUUCCGCACAGGCCAACCUCUCUCCUUCGCAGCCAUCAUAGGCGGGAUCUUGAUCAUGGCGGCAUUCUUCCUGUUGAGCUGGAGUACUUACAGGGAGUUGAGCGAGGAACGUAGAAAACAUCUGGAGAACGACCAGGUCGAGUCGGAAAGCGAUGAAUAG